GCCUCUUCUUUAGCUGAUCAGCUACCAGACUAUCCUCCUCGUCUUUCCAUAUCUACCAAGUUGACUGGCCCAUUUCGGCUGCCUCUGCUGCCGACCCGGCUAACUAGAGACCUCCCUUGGUCACCGUUUGAGGCUGUCGGCAAAGACAACGAUACGCUCCUUCUUCUCGAUCGUAUCAAUGAUCCCCUCGGUGGCCUCGAUUACUCGUCAGUCUCCGCCACUUCACCGUCCUUGCACGGUGGUGGCUUGAUGAACACUAGGUCCGGCUAUUCUUCCUCCGUGACCACGCUGAUCACUCCGGCUUGCCAUUGGCCAUGUGAUCUUAGUCAAAUGAUUCUGAAUAUGAAUUCUGGUACAUCUUCACUCUAUGCUAGUAGCUAUUUAACAGCAAACUCUUCCCAUUGUGCCUCUCAGUCGGCUUCGAACAUUUCUGGACAAUCUUUACCUCCUAGUUCUCCUUCCUCUUCGUCAACCGCUCCUCACAACUCUACUGUUUCGACUUCACUAGCCUCUACUCGUUCCUCUAACAACUUCUCGGCGAUCCCUCUGACGCCUCCGACCUCAGUCGAUCCAGCUGAUGCCCACCUACCGGCAGCAUUGCUCAAGCUUUGGUUCCGCGAGUUGGCUGAACCUCUGAUCCCGAUUAGCCUUCACUCGGAAUGCCUGAAAGCUGCUUCAUCUGGCAACAUUACGCCGGGUUCUUCAAACUCCUCCUCUGUGGCCUCUGGAUCUGCUCUAACUUCUUGUCCUCAGUCUGGACAAUCAGGAUCUGCUUGUUGCCAUAUAGUGCGCCGUCUACCUACUAUAAAUAGACUCUGUCUUGUCUACUUGAUUCAAUUACUACAGUCGCCUUUGUCAAACUCGUCCUAUUAUCCCUAA